AUGUUUCCUUCAAUAGCCUUCCUACUCUUAUUCUACACAAAAUCCGCUGAAACUGCUCAGAGGCUGACAUGCAAAAAUGAGUUGGCUGAAGCAUGCGUCGAUCAAGUGUAUCCAGGAACCGGUGUGUCGGACUGUCCCGCUAGAGCACAGCUCUGCACUAACCCCACUUAUCAGACCUUGAUGGAGCAGAUGUGCCCACAAACUUGCGGUUUGUGCCCUGACGAAUGUGCUGACGAAGUGAACCCAGGGACAGGAGUGUCAGAUUGUCCGGCUAGAAAAGCACUUUGCAGCAAUCCUACGUACGAAGCUUUGAUGAAAAAACUCUGCCCAAAGACGUGUGGAUACUGUCCCACUAAUGGUCCGCUUGGCAAUCCUGAUCCUACAACUCCACCACCCGACCCACCAACAGUUGCUCCACAGACUCCUCCUCCAACUCUACUACCUAACCCACCAACAGUUGCUCCGUUCAUAUACCCUCCAUUCCCUUUUAUUUUCUACCGACUCCCAUACCAAUAUCUGGGCUUAAUCUUUUACCUAUUGUUCCCGUCGCUCCAGUCUUUCCUUCAAUGCCCUUCCCUGCAGUAUAUCCUUCAAUGCCUGUCACUCCAGUAA